CGUUUGCUUUUGAUUAAUUGCAGUCUUAAAAUAGGGAAUGAAAGGUAUAGGCUGCCAAUGGGUCGGGUUGGUGCUGCGGCGUCGGGUCGGAGGCCUUCGUGCGAGCGGGUGUUCCUCUAGCCCGUGCCCUACAUGCGCGGCCUCAGGAAGGUGCGAGGUGAUCGUAAUGGUUAAAUGUAGAGUCGAAAUUUUCAAAUCAACUUUCUACGCGUGUGAGGAAAUCAGCUUAAUUUCACACCAUUGCAAUUCCCCUUCUGUACGUAGACGCGCGCUUAAGUGUGCAUGUAUGUGUAAAACGAGGGGGGAGGGGGGGUUGACAUUAGGCGCAUCUCCAACCCCCCUCGCCCUCCCCGUGCACUUCCAUCCCGCCACGGUGACACACUGCGUGCGCCAGCCGAGGCGCCAGCCGAGGCGCCAGCCGCGGGUACAAGUGCGAUAUUUGCGCCACGCGCCGCUGCCCCGCUUAAGUCGGCCUCGCGCGGCCCCUCUCUCCUGCGCUCAGCCAGAAAGUUACAUCGUGGUCGGUGGGCGUGAGGGUGAGAAGCAGGGCGGCAUAUCCCCGAUGUGCGUGCAACUUGCACCGGCGAGCGCGGCGUUCUUGUGUGUUCCAGGCUCAUGCACUCGAUCGCCCUGUACGUGAACGGCAACGACGACCACGCGCGCAUGACCAGGCGCACGCUCAUGCGCUACCUCAACCUCACCCUCAUCCUGGUGCUGCGGUCCAUCUCGUCCGCCGUCAAGCGCCGCUUCCCCAAGCUGGACCACCUGGUCGAGGCAGGCUUCAUGACCCCCACCGAGCUGGGCCUGUACCAGUCGGUGCCGUCCCUGGAGUUCAACACGUACUGGAUCCCCUGCACCUGGUUCAUCCUGCUGCUGCGGGAGACGCGCCGAUCCAACCGCAUCGCCGACCCGCAGGGGCUCAAGAUCAUCAUGGAGGAGUUCAACGAGUACCGGUCGCAGUGCGGCAUGCUGUGGAGCUACGACUGGGUCAGCAUCCCGCUCGUGUACACCCAGACUGAUUUUUUUUUGAGUGAAGGACCCCUCGGUGCAUUUAGUCCUCGGCUGUUCCAGGUUUCCUACCUCGGCGUGGACACGCUCAUGACGCGGUGCCCGCCCCUGGUCAAGGACAUGUACUACAACGACGUGGACCUCACCCUGCCCUAUACGGAGGCGGCGGUCGCGUACAAGCGGAAGACGUAUCGCGGCUCCGUCCAUAAUAUGGUGGUGCCGGAGGAGCAGCACGCCAUGUUCCUCCCGGAGAUUGAGGAGGAGGACGAGGCCGCGUCCCUGGGCAUGCGGACGCCUAAGACGUCCAUCCUCAGCCUGCAUAAGGUUGGCCUGCCGGGGCAGAAGCACCAGCAACAACAGCAGCCGCACGAACAGACUGAGCAGCAGCAGCAGCAGCAACAACAACAACAACAGCAGUCCGGAAAAGGAAUCAAGUCAGUCACUGGUAUCUGGAGACGAACCAGCGACAAAAAAUCAAAAGCAGAUCUUAGUGGCGUUGCAACAUCUCAAGCAGCCCCCGCCGCUGACUCCACUGACUCCGCUGAUCUCGCAGCCCCCACCCGCACGGGCCACCGCCGGCUGGUCCUUGCAGACUCGGGGGCGAUCGGGGACGGGAGCGGGCCACGGGGCUCAGCGUCCUCGGCGUUCUCCAUGGAGGCGGAGCACCCAGACACGGGGCGCCACGUACUCCGCAACGAGAGCUUCCACAGCUGGAAGUCGUUCUUCAGCAGCGUGGGGGGCUCGGCCCCUGGCUCGGCCCCGAGCUCGCGCAAGGACCACGACUCUUCAUCGCCCAGCCCCAGCGUCGCCAACUCUGACGCGAGCAUGGUGUCCUCCGAGGACGACGAGGACCGGCAGGUGGCCGCGCAGGCCGCGGCGACGGCGGUCGGUCCCCGGAGCAGCCACUCCUCGUCGGGCAGCAGCGGCACGGGGUGCAUGAGGGUGCGCGCCGAGGAGCGCCGCAACUCGUCGCCGUCCCCGGAGCCGGGCCGGCCGCGGCUGCAGAGCUGCCCCAAGCUGCUCGUGCUCGUGGGGCGUAACGACUCGACCAGUUCCAAGGGCCGCGACGGUCGUAAGAAGGGCGUGCGCUGGAAGCCCGUCCUGGACGAUGUGCGCGGCUCCGUGCGCCGGCGGAGGGAUUCUGACUGGAAGCCCGUCCUGGACGAUGUGCGCGGCUCGGUGCACCGGCGGAGGGACUCUGGCGACGACCCGUCGUCGCACCUGUGCCGCGGGUGCCGCGAGCGGCUCGAGCGGCCGUACCCCUUCCUGCGCCGCCCCACGAUACGGCGCCGGCCGCUGGGCGCCGCCACGGCCUUCGCGGAGCCGGAGAUGCUGGGCAGCGCGCCGGACCUUGGUGCUGCCUUUGUGCGGGAUGACUCCUACUGGCGCGGCGGCAAGUUCCCGGGCCUGGCGCUCGGCCAGCCUGCCUCGGCGGGCUCUCGAGGCAUCCUCAAGAAGAUGAUGUUUUGGCGCGGGGGCCAUGGGGUGGUGGACGGCGUGAUCGGCGUCCGGGGUCUUGAUGGGGCGGCCGGGCUGCACGACGGGGACGGGGCGGCCGCGGGCGGCCUGCCCCACACCAAGUCGGCCGCCAACUUCAUGGAGAGCGUCAUCGUGACGGUGGAGCCCUCUCCCGUGAGCAGAAGUCUGCCAGACAUCGCGGCGAUACGGGCCAGGACCUCUGUUCCCGGGUUGAGCUCGUUACCCUCGUUGCCAGGGGUGCCAGACGAGUCCCUCAAUCCGCAGCUCACCACGCCGGUACGCUCGGUGAACCUCGACGAGCCGGAGCUCGGUGUCGGUGGUCAAGGAUCGGCCAGUGGUUCCGGCCAGACCCCUUCAUCUGAGGCUGCUGUGGAGGGUGGGCAGCCGCAGCCUCUGCUUCCCGCACCUCUCACCAGGCCACAGCAAUCAGAGCCAUGAUCGACUCUUUUAUCCCGUGUGAUGGGGUAACUCUUUACAGGGUUAGCGUUCUUGACUUUCCUAUUCUCGAUUUCCUCGCUUCGCCUGAUAGUCUGUGCAAUCUCGCCUUUGAGUGUUGUAUGGUAAUCCUGGUUUUCUCCUUAAGCAGCAGUGUUGUGGCAAAGGUUGAAGUUUAUUGAGUGAUUGGAAAAUGUGGAUUAGAGCACGGACUGUAUAACUGAUUGCUCAAACGCACUUUGUCUACUUGUCCUGUUUCAUUCACCCUGUAAAAUUGAUGUUAUACGUUCAAUGAUUGUUCUUUUUCUAAAGUGUCAGUUAGAGGCGGUUUAUAAGACUUUUGGCAAACCAUUCAAGCACAGCGCACGGCUGGCAGCAAUCAUUAGAAGCUAUUGCUGCUCUACUUUUUGUUGUCUUCCAUUAAACAUUUAAGUUUCAGGUACUUUAUGAUUCUUGUUAAGAAAUUAUGAAUUUUAAAAAGAAUUUUAU